AUGAAGUCUAACGGCCGCCGCUUGUCCACCAGACACCGUUCGAGUUCGCCACGUUGGACCCACCAUGAACAACGUUCUCUACAUCCCAUCAAGACCGUGGCAGUCAUCGGCGCAGGGCCCGCUGGUCUGCAAGCUGCAUCGCAACUUCUCGAAGCGGGACUGAGUGCGCGCAUGUUCGACCGGGCGCCCUCGCCCGGGGGGACGUGGUUCUACACGGAUGAGGUUCCCGUUCCAGAGGGUUAUCCUGAUGCGUCUCCGCCUAUUGACUCAGUCCCUGAUCACCUGCCUGCUACGAGGUUCAUCCAAGAGGGCGAAGAUGGGCUUGCAUUGGACGACAGGUGGCGGGAGCAUUGGCAUCCGCGACCGACGAUAACGGAACUGCCUGAUCUCAAGUAUCCUCCUGGGACGCCCUGGCAUGCCUCGACGCACGCUGUCCAGCGAUAUGUGCGCGCGUACGCGUCACUGCAUGCUCUGAACGUGAACGGCAAUCCCGCCGUCACGGCAUACUCGACGCGUGUCGAAAGUAUCGAGAAAGACAACACGACCUGGGCUUUGACUCUGCGAAAGCUGGACUGGCACACUGAUCCCGCAUCCGGCACGAAACUCUUGCGAGAAGCGUACUGGACUGAGACCUUCGAUGCCGUUGUCGCGGCGACCGGCGGGCAGGGCCGAGCCUACGUUCCUAGCAUACCCGGGAUCGGGGAGUGGGGACAGGUCACAGUCGACGGCCGGCACUGUGUCAAGCAUGCCCAGCAGUUCCGUUUUCCCGUCGAUUAUGCAAACAAGAUUGUAUUGAUCGUCGGUGCAAUGCUGUCUGCAACGGAGAUCGCGCGAGCUAUCGCGCCCUACACAAGUCGGCUGUUCGUUAGCGUGAGGCACAAUCCGUUCCGCGAUUCACUUGACCUCGACCUGAUCAAGUUCCCGAACAGCACUGAAAUGGUAGCUGAGAUCGCCUCGUUCCAGACCAUACCUUCCGGUUCGAGAGGAAUUAAGAAUGGGAGAAUCCAUCUCAUCGACGGAAGAGUCCUCGAAGGCAUCGAUGAGAUCAUUCUGGCUACUGGCUAUCGUCGCGAUAUGCUACUUCCGGAUGUCAACCGCGACGGAUGGGACGCAGUGUACUGGACGGGACAUUACGUUCACGACCCUACGCUGGUCUACACGCGUUAUUCUCCCUGGUUACACGGUCGAUAUCAAAGUCUGGCCAUCGCGAAAGUCUGGACGGGCAGGGCUCGCAUCCCCAGCUCCGAACAGAUGAUUCAAGACAUCAGGGACAAGAAGUACUUCUAUGGAUUCACGUUGACUCCGCUCUUAUACGCAGCUCUGGUGCGACAGUACGUGUCUUGGCUCAACACCCAAUCGCUCGAAUUUGGGGGGCAAUUUGUCGAUCAGUACCCUCUUGAAUCCCGCGAAUCAUAUGCGUACUUCACGGACAAGUUUUGGAAAAAGGACUGGAUCUCUCAUGCUGAUUAUGCAGGCUUUGAUCAGCUGCCGGCCAGCGAGUGGCAUGGUGCUCAUGCGGCCAACGAGGAGUUGGGAAAACUGCUCAGGUGGUAGCGACUCCAAGACGUGUCAGGUCGAACUAGUAGGACCAUUUCACAUCUGUGCGCACAGAUAUUCGGGCGGACUUGUAAUCGGACUAGAUCAUUCUCGUCAUUUUCGAGUCUUUCGACAGCGGUAGAGUGGCAAGUAACCCCACUUCCCGGACAGAGGGAGGGAAAUUUUUCAUGUCUUCAGAAGUCCUCGCACUUCGUGCAUCCACACGGCAUCUAUAUACACCCCUGGGGUCUUUCCAUCGAUAGACAUGUAUUUCCAACGAAUUUGAACGUUUUCUCG